CAGUAAAUUGUAAAAGAGAAAAUUAUUUCUUAUUUUAUCAUAAAUAUUAAUAGGAUUUAAAAAAAAAAUAUCUUAUGUAUGUAGGAGCUGUUAAAUAUUUGUAUACAAUUUAUUACGUGCUAAAAGUAUGAACCAAAUCAUUCUAUCACAAAUAAGUAAUCCUAACCUUUAACAAUUGCGUCGUUUACUGUUCAAGACAAUAUUUUUAAGGAUGUUAUAUAGAAUAGCAAUUUGUAACGUUAUACGAAGAACUGUAUUUACAAAUACGAAAAUAUAUUAUCCAUUACAAGUUAUAUUAAAUAAUAAUCUUAAGCGUUAUAAUUUAUGUACAAAUUAUUCGUCUUCACGACAAAGUUUUAAUCUAAUUACAUUUAAAAGAUUUAAAAGCAAAAAUGCAUCUCCAAAACAUAGUAAACGUGACAUUGAUGAAGAGGACGAAGAUGAAAAUGAAAUUAAUGUAGAUAUUGAUGAUUUAUGUACACCAAAAUCAAAAAUUAUUGAUACUGCAAUACCCUCUCUUCGACUGGAUGCUGUCGCUAAAGCUGGAUUGGGAAUGUCACGCGCCAAAUUGGAUAAGGAAUUUUACAAAAGUAAUUUGCGUCUUAAUGGACAAAAAUGUUUAAAGAAGAGUGCUAUGGUAAAGGUUGGCGACGAAAUUGAUCUUGUUCUACGAAAAAGUCCAGAAAAUCCUAAGUUCAUAAUAGUAGAUCGUUGUGUAUUAGCAUCAGUUUCUGCAGAUGUAGAAGAAGCAACUAUCAGAGCAAAAAUUAUUCAAGAUAAAUCUUUAUUAAUUGAAGAUUAUGAUGAUCCAUGGAGUGGUUGAAUAAGAUUGUAAAAAAUUA